CCCCGAGAGUAACGUGUGUACCACUUCACCAGGCGCCCCCCACUCAGAUAUUUACAAUGUCUUGCUGGGUCCGUGUAGUCUAUGCAUUAGCGUUUUCCGCAGUUUGUAUAAACGCGGAGGUUACACUAAAUCAACCGCCUUCACGGUCCACGUCUCCGGGGCAGAACCAGCAAAUACCCUGUACCAUGUCUGGCGAUAGUUUAGGUAGUACCAAUGUUUACUGGUACCAACAGAUUUUUGGGAAAGCGCCGCGGUAUCUGCUCUACUUUUAUUCGGGAAGCAGCAUUUACAGAGCUUCGGGAGUUCCUGACCGUUUCUCCGGAUCAGUGUCAGGCAACACUGCAACAUUGACAAUAGCGAACGUGCAGUCGGGGGACGCUGCUGACUACUACUGUGCUGUGUGGAAAGAUGCUGUAAUCUUCGGCAAAGGAACGAGGCUGGGUAUUGGUAACCCACGCGCCCCCACAGUGUCCGUUCUCCGACCGUCAGCGGAGGAAAUCACGGGAAAGAACACGGCCACCCUGGUGUGUUUGGUGAGUGGGUUUAAUCCGGGCGCUGUGAACAUUGAGUGGACCGUGGACGGCAGUGCGAGAAGUGACGGCGUUGGGACCAGCCGAAUCCAACAGGAGAAGGACAACACGUUCAGUGCGAGCAGUUACCUGACUCUGCCGGUCACAGUCUGGAACUCACACGAGCUUUACUCUUGUGUGGUUAAACACGAGACUCAAGCUAACCCGCUGAAGACAAACAUCGCCAAAUCCACCUGCAUGUAAAAUGCCUACAUUCCACCUAAUCGAGUCGAGGAAAUAUGUUUUGAUCCCUCUUUCAAUUGUUAAAAAUGAUUCGAGGAAUAUUCAUUGUUGUAAACUUGCCUUUGCGUUUAAAAUUGCCGUAUGUCUUGCCAUUAGUAAAUGCCAUUCAAUCAAAGCAAUCCUAUUGUUAAUUGAUAGUCAAAUGUUAUUGGAAUUCUAAUUAAAUGCAUCUUCAAAUAUUAA